AUGCCGGUCACCGUGGGAGUUCUCGCUCUACAGGGCGCAUUUGUUGAACAUAUCAAGCUACUGAAGACGGCAGCGGAGCAAGAAGGCUUCGCUGACUGGCAGUUCAUCGAAGUUCGAACGCCACAAGAGCUCGAGAAAUGCGAUGGGCUUGUAUUGCCCGGUGGCGAGAGCACCACCAUGUCGCUGGUUGCGGCACGUUCAAAUCUACUAGAGCCACUGAGAGAAUUUGUCAAAGUCCGCCGUAGGCCAACGUGGGGCACUUGCGCCGGCUUGAUCCUCCUCGCGGAAUCCGCCAACAAGACGAAGAAGGGUGGUCAGGAGUUGAUUGGUGGCCUUGAUGUUCGAGUGAAUCGCAAUCAUUUCGGUCGACAGACGGAGAGCUUCCAGGGACCUCUUGAUCUGCCAUUCUUGGGCGAAAAUGCCCCGCCGUUCCCUGCCGUCUUUAUCCGAGCACCCAUUGUCGAGUGCAUCUUGCCCACCCAAUCGGGAAUUCAAGAGGAGGAAUCUCAACGCGAGGACACAAUUAUUGCGCCUUCAAGGAAGGCGAGAAAUUCGGUAGCGGACGCUGCCAAUAGCGAUGUCGAGGUGAUGGCCACCUUGUCUGGGCCAGCGGCGCGCCAUGCCACACAGGGCCGUGCGAUCAGUCCGGAUCACGAGUUGGGCGAUGUCGUGGCGGUGCGCCAAGGCAAUGUGUUUGGAACCAGCUUCCAUCCUGAGCUGACGGGAGAUGCCAGAAUCCACGCCUGGUGGUUGCAUCAGGUAGAGGAUGCUCUGAAGAGGAGGCAGAAGCGCAGCUCGUAA